AUGAGGAACGUGCAAAUGAGUGGAGAAAGCUACACCGAUGAGCCGUUGACCAGCCAGGUUGGGGCCCCUGCAUUGGCAGUGCUGCGAAGAAAAGUGGUAAAGUCAGAGGAAUAUGAGUGGCGGAAGGGAAGCAAAAUUUACGAAAGGAUAGAAGUCACCGAUCAGCAGGGCCAGAAGCAUAUCAAAGAGGUGGAUACGGGUCGUCGAGAGCAAGGUGAAUGGAUCCCGCAAGUGCGCUUCCGUGAGGUGGAAAAGAACACACUCAUUGCUCCCACUGGCAUUUGUUUUCGGCAGCUUGGGGCGGUUUCUUCGAAUUGGCAACUUUCUGCCACACCCCAAAUAUGUUUGAAUCUUGCGAACUUCGAUGUGAACCGGCUUCUGCAAUGUCAGCCGGAAACGAGAACUUUUGAGCCCCAGGAAAUGAUGCAAGGAGGAGUCAGUGUCAAUGUCAACGUCAACAGUGGCUCCACCAGUCGACCGCCACGACCUGCCAAUCGUGUCCUUGGGGUAGAGACGAGGGAACGUGUUCUGCCCGUUGGCCAAGAAAUCCACGCUUUGGGCGAUGUGGUAUGGCGUUACAGAGCCUCCAUCAAGGGCAUGCAAGGUGGUGGAGGAAGCAUGGCCGUGUUGCAGCCAAGCCAGGCUGGGCCCUUUGGCUUUGCUUAUGGCUCCCGGGACGAUGUCUUGUUGAAGAAAGCCGCGUCGCUUAGGGAGUCGAACAACGGUGCGAUGAUCUGUGGUGGAUUGGGUAUCUGCAGCAUGGUUUUCGGUACAACGUUGCUUCGUGCAUACAGCUAA